GGGGACUCUUCUGGAGAUGGAGCAGGUGGAAGGGAAUGCACCUGGACCCCGCGGAAGGGCAGGGCAUCAGGGAGUCCAGCGAGGACCAACCCACUUGUUAUCCAGGAAGGGACGGUGACAUGCAGUGGGACUGAAGACUCCUGUUACUAGACCCCUGCCUGCAGAUCUCCGAGCCACUUCACACCUUCACCCCUGCCUGAAGCCCCUGAACUUUGGAAUCUCUGGGUCCGAGCUGCCUCAUCAGGUGAAAGAUGGCAUCCAGCCUCACUUGUACCGGAGUGAUCUGGGCUCUGCUCUCGCUCCUUUGUGCCGCCACCUCCUGUGUGGGCUUCUUUAUGCCCUACUGGCUCUGGGGGUCACAGCUGGGCAAGCCGGUGUCCUUUGGUACUUUCCGGAGGUGCGCCUAUCCUGUGCAUGACGAGAGCCGGCAGAUGAUGGUGAUGGUGGAGGAAUGUGGGCGCUACGCCUCCUUCCAGGGCAUCCCCAGCACCGAGUGGAGGAUCUGUACCAUAGUGACCGGCCUGGGUUGCGGCCUCCUGCUCCUGGUAGCGCUGACCGCUCUCAUGGGAUGCUGCGUGUCGGAGCUCAUCUCCAGGACAGUGGGGAGAGUAGCCGGAGGGAUUCAGUUCCUGGGGGGUAAGUGA